UAUCGGAAGGGGAAUUUUUAUGUAACAUUUUAUUUUUCUAAAAGUGGUGUCAUUUCUAAGUACCAAAACUAACCAAGCUAGCUACCUACAACACCAAACCAAUAUUCAAGAUUAAGGGUCGUUUAUUAGAUUUUUGAACCAAGGGUCAUUUAUAUCCGAAAUGUUUUAACGAAUUAUUGGAUGUGUCCAAUAUAAUUUUUUUGUAGUUAUUCCCAAGAUCAAUAAUGCAAGAUGCAUGCAUGGAACUUUAUGCCAUGAUUUUUCACUAUAAAAGUAGUCCAAAUAUGACACAAAAAUAAGAUAGCUAAACAUGGCAUCUAUCUCAUCCUCACCUCUCUCACUUAUGUCCUUUAAUGUCUCUUCCAAUUUCAAUAGAAAACAUCAACCCUCUAAAAAUAGAAAACCAAAGCACCAUAAAAUAGCAUGCACUUCCAAUGAUACUAACCAAAAUAGCCCUAAAGAACAAGAACAAAAAUCAUCACCAAGAAGAAAUGUUCUAAUAGGUCUAGGAGGACUUUAUGGUGCUACCACUCUCACAAACAACAACUCAUUAGCCUUUGGUGCUCCGGUGCCAAUUCCAGAUCUCACCAAAUGUGUAAUUCCACCAGACAAAUCUCCAGUGUCAAUCAAUUGUUGUCCACCAUUUUCUGCAGACAUCAUCGAUUUUAAGCUCCCUACUUUUGAAAAAUUAAGGGUAAGACCAGCUGCACAAUUAGUUGAUGAUGAUUAUUUUGCAAAAUACAAUAAAGCCCUUGAACUAAUGAGAGCCCUACCAGAUGAUGAUCCAAGAAGUUUUACCCAACAAGCUAACAUUCAUUGUGCUUAUUGUGUUGAUGGUUAUGUACAACUAGGUUACCCUAACAUUAAACUAAGUGUUCAUAAUUGUUGGCUAUUUUUGGCUUUCCAUCGUUGGUAUAUUUAUUUUUAUGAGAGAAUAUUAGGUAGUUUAAUCAAUGAUCCUACUUUUGCCAUACCCUUUUGGAAUUUUGAUGCUCCUGAUGGCAUGCAAAUUCCUUCCAUUUUUACAAAUCCAAAUUCUUCCCUUUAUGACCUUAGAAGAGAUUCCAGACAUCAACCACCAAGAAUCAUUGACCUAAACUAUAACAGAUAUAUUGAAGACGACCCUACUUCGGAAAAAUAUGAUCCUAAUUAUCCUCCCAGUGCGGAACAACAAAUCAAAGACAACCUUACUUUAAUGCAUAGACAAAUGAUCACCAACAGCAAGACCUGUCUACUAUUUCAUGGAAGCCCUUAUCGCGCUGGUCAAUUACCUGACCCAGGUCCUGGGGCAUUAGAAAGUAGUCCACAUAAUAAUGUUCAUAUAUGGAGUGGUGAUGCAAAACAGACUAAUAGAGAGGACAUGGGAAAUUUCUAUUCCUCCGGAAGAGAUCCACUUUUUUACGCUCUCCAUGGAAAUGUGGAUAGGUUGUGGUCUAUUUGGAAAACAUUAGGUGGAAAAAGAAAGGAUCCCACUGACGAUGAUUGGCUAGAGUCUUCAUUUCUCUUUUAUGAUGAGAAUAAGAAUCUUGUUAAAGUGAAAGUCAAGGAUGGUCUUGAUGGAAAAAAGCUAGGUUAUGAUUAUCAAAAGGUUGACAUUCCUUGGAUAAAUUCUAAACCUAAACCUGCUAGUAGAAGAGUUCAGUCUAAGGGUAAGUUGUUAACACCGAGAAAAUUUGUUGAUAAGUUUCCUAUUGUUUUGGAUUCGGUUGUGAGUACUAUCGUGAAGAGGCCAAAGAAGUCGAGGAGUUCAAAGGAGAAGGAAGAUGAAGAGGAGAUUUUGGUGAUAGAUGGGAUCGAGUUUGAUAGCAACAUUGAAGUUAAGUUUGAUGUUAUUGUGAAUGAUGAAGAUGAUAAGGUGAUUGGAGUUGGAAAUACCGAGUUUGCUGGAACCUUUGUGAAUUUGCUUCAUGGACAUAAUCACGAGAACAAUACGAAGAAGAAGAAGAAUAUUGUUACUUGUAUGAGACUUGGAUUAACGGAUUUGUUGGAGGAUUUGAAAGCUGAUGAUGAUGAUAGUAUUUUGGUUACCUUUAUUCCUAGAUAUGGUGGGGAUGGUGUCAAAAUUAGUGGCAUCAAGAUAGAAUUUGCAAAUUGAAAAAAUUGCAACCAUAACCGUGCGAAUGACUAGUUGAUAGAGUUUUCUUUAUCUUCUUUUGUUUUCUUGUCAAAUAAAUGGUGCAAUUCCAUCCUCAAGUUUGUGAUUGGUGCAAAUGAGAAAAUAUUGUUAUGUA